GACCUUGCCCGGAAGUGACGUCGAGAGCUAGUUCCGGUUCCGCGUGUCCGGGCGCCGGGGGUGGGUACCGGAGUCGCCGGCGGUGCACGUGCGCUUCCCGGGUUCGUGUUGGGCACUCUAACCAUGGACGCGUUGGACCGGGUCGUAAAACCCAAAACGAAGAGAGCCAAGAGAUUUCUUGAGAAGAGAGAACCGAAGCUCAAUGAAAAUAUUAAAAAUGCCAUGCUGAUUAAAGGGGGAAAUGCAAACUUAAUAGUGACCCAAGUACUUAGAGAUAUGUAUGCAUUGAAAAAACCAUAUGGUGUUCUGUAUAAAAAGAAAAAUAUUACGAGACCAUUUGAAGAUCAGACUUCAUUGGAAUUCUUUUCAAAGAAAUCAGAUUGUUCUUUAUUUAUGUUUGGCUCCCAUAAUAAGAAGCGGCCAAACAAUCUCGUAAUCGGUCGUAUGUAUGACUACCAUGUGCUGGAUAUGAUUGAAUUAGGUAUCGAGAAGUUUGCUUCUCUAAAAGAUAUUAAGAAUAGUAAAUGUCCUGAGGGAACGAAGCCCAUGUUGGUAUUUGCUGGCGAUGACUUCGAUACCACAGAAGACUAUCGAAGGUUAAAAAACCUUCUUAUUGAUUUCUUCAGAGGCCCCACAGUAUCAAAUAUCCGCCUGGCUGGUUUAGAGUAUGUUCUGCACUUCACUGCACUCAACGGGAAGAUUUACUUUCGAAGCUAUAAGUUGCUCUUGAAAUCCGGUUGCAAAACACCACGGGUCGAGCUGGAAGAGAUGGGACCCUCGUUAGAUUUGGUUCUGAGGAGGACACAUCUGGCUUCAGAUGACCUUUAUAAGUUAGCUAUGAAAGUGCCCAAAGCCCUCAAGCCAAAGAAGAAGAAAAAUAUCUCCCAUGAUACUUUCGGUACAACUUAUGGAAGGAUUCACAUGCAGAAGCAAGAUCUAAGUAAACUACAAACCAGGAAAAUGAAAGGGUUGAAGAAGCGACCUGCAGAAAAGAUAACAGAAGACCAGGAGAAAAAGUCAAAGCGAAUUAAACCAAAUUGAUGGAACUCAGCUAAUAACUUCCCUUUUAUUAUACUCUGAUUAUUUAACAGAAUUAUUAUGCAUCAAACAUUUCAGAGUUUGAUGGA